AUGUUGCUGGGUGGCGUCGCCUCCUGCCUGGCCUUCAUCGACUUCUUCUCGGUGGCGGCGCAGCGGUCGGCGCUAUCCGUGACAGCCAACUGCUGCCUCUCGCUGACGCCGGCCGAGUUCCACCGCAUCAGCGACCACCUGGCACCGCUGGCCAGGCGGCUCGCUCACGAGGACCAGAAAGUUGCUGAGGCCGCCUGCCUGGUGUUCUGUCGGCUCGCCGAGACCUUCAAGACGGACCCGCUCAAAGUACAGGCGAUCGCCGACAGCGGAGCGCUCAUCAACGUCCAGCAGCUGCUGGUGGCGUCCCCGGCCGUGAUCGGCAGCUCCACCUUCUGCGAGGUGGCGCGCAUGCUGCGCAUGCUCUGCAGCCACUGCCCGGACAUCGCCGUCCGCCUGCUCUCCGAGAACAUGGCCGAGACGCUGCGUACGCUCCUAUCCGGAGACACGGAGCAGAUGGCGCAGCAGUCGCGGAACUCGGAGGAGGUGUACGCGCUGGUCUGCCUGCUGGCUGAGAUGCUGCCGGCGCUGCCGGCGGCUGGACUGUUCGACGUCGAUCAGUGGCUCAGCAGGGUUCCGCCGCGACCGACCAGCUCUCACGACCGGGACAGCGUUGUAUGGCAGUGGCAGGACGAUGAGGGAAGUUGGCACAACUUCUCGGAGGCAGACAGUGCUGCGAUACAGGCGGCGGCCCGCUCAGACGGCAGUCGGGACCCGUCGCGGCCCGAGCUGGCCAACCUGCCAUCGCGCUCUCGGGCGGUGCGCCGCGCCGACCCCGCCGACGGCCUCAAGGAAAUAAUCGAGAUGCAGGAGAUGUCGGUGCACCUGGCCGGCUUGCUGUCCUCGACGGAUGUGAAGAUGGUGGUGGCCGGAGUCCAACUGUCAGAGACCCUGAUGCAGAAGCUGCCAGACCUGUGCAGGGUGCACUACAAAAGAGAGGGGGUGGUGCACCACAUGACGUGUCUGGCGGCCGGGGACGACCCUCUGGAGGGAGUCGGCAGCAGGACCGCACGCCCGGCCCAGGUUGGCGAGACGUCCACCGACAUGAGUCUGCGGGACGUACUGAAGCGGAGGAGGUCCUCUCGCCGCGGCAGUCUCGCCGCUCAGAGGAACAGCCGCGAGAGGCUUCAUUUGCCGGAGACGCCCACUCAGGGACAGAUGCCGACCAGACAGGAGCAGCUGUCCGUCAAGACGUAUGACGUCACUGGAGGACUGUCCGGCCGCUGUGCGCUCCGCUACUUUAACGAACACCAGCUGAAGUGUAACCUGCAGCGGGUAACGGACGGCGGCAGCCUGCGCCAGUGGCGGCACGGCCCGGUCAAAGUGGACCCGCUGGCGCCGGUGGAGGCGAUCGAGCGCUACCUGGUGAUCCGCGGCUACGGCCGGCCGCAGCCCGGCCGCUGGUCCGACGACAGCGACUCCGACGACGACGUCGACGACGCUCUGGUGCGGCCCACCCCUGCCGGCGGCGGCGUGACGUUCGCGACGGCGGCUAGCCUGGGCUUGGGCGGCGUUCACCGGCUCCAGUUCCUCAUCGGCGGCCGGCCGCUGCCGUACGACAUGACCGUCUUCCAAGCGGUGGAGCAGUUCGGCCAGCACGCGACGCAGGCCGGCCCCGAGCAGACAACGCUGCAGCUGCUGCGGCUGCUGCACGCCCUCUCGCGACACUACGGCACCCUCUACCACAUGGAGCACUGUCCGCCGCUGCUCUCGGAGCAGGAGUUUAUCAACAGUCAGCUGACGGCCAAGGCCAGCCGUCAGCUGCGGGAUCCUCUGAUCCUCAUGACCGGCAGCACGCCGCAGUGGAUCCAGCAGAUCGGGCUCACAUGGUAA